UUUCUGUAUGGAUAUUACGAACCUACAUUGUUAAUUUUGUAUGAACCAGUAAGAACAUUUUCAGGACGUAUUGCUGUAAGACAGGACACUUGCGCAAUGGUUGCUAUAUCCUUAAACAUUCAGCAAAGGGUACAUCCUAUCAUUUGGUCUGUCUCUAAUUUACCAUUUGAUUGUUAUCAAGUUGUACCUGUGAAAAAACCUCUUGGUGGCACAUUAAUAAUGGCGGUUAAUUCGCUUAUUUAUUUAAAUCAAAGUAUACCACCAUAUGGAGUAUCGCUUAACAGUUUAGCAGAUACAAGUACCAAUUUUCCAUUAAAGCCACAAGAGGGAGUAAAAAUGAGCUUAGAAGGUGCACAAGUCGCAUUUAUAUCUGGGGAUCGUUUAGUUAUCUCUUUAAAGAGUGGAGAACUUUAUGUUUUGUCUCUCUUUGCCGACAGUAUGCGAUCUGUACGUGGAUUUCACUUUGAUAAAGCAGCAGCUAGUGUGUUAACAUCAUGUGUAUGUAUGUGUGAAGACAAUUAUCUGUUUCUUGGCUCUCGACUCGGUAAUUCGUUAUUACGAUUUACCGAAAAGGAACCGGAAACUCUGAAGAAUCUGAAUGAUGGUGAGAUCACUAUUGACGAAAACGAAAGCGAGGACCCGGCCAAGAAGGCGAAGCAAGACUUUCUCGGUGACUGGAUGGCAUCGGACGUGUUAGACAUUAAAUCCAGAAGAAUGGAAGUGUAUGGAAGCGAAACUCACACGUCUAUCCAAAUAACAUCAUAUAUUUUUGAGGUGUGCGACAGUUUAUUAAACAUUGGACCAUGUGGAAAUAUUUCCAUGGGAGAACCAGCUUUCUUGUCGGAAGAAUUUCUACAUAAUCAGGAUCCCGAUGUCGAACUCGUAACGACAUCCGGAUAUGGCAAAAAUGGUGCGCUUUGUGUAUUGCAACGUUCCAUACGUCCUCAGGUUGUGACAACAUUUGAAUUGCCUGGCUGUGAAGAUAUGUGGACUGUUAUUGGCACAUUAAAUAAUGAUGAGCAAGUUAAGGCAGAAGCAGAGGGAUCUCAUGUUUUCUUAAUAUUGAGUCAAGAAGAUUCAACCAUGAUUCUGCAAACCGGUCAGGAAAUUAACGAAGUAGACCAGAGUGGGUUCAGCACUCAAGGAAGUACAGUAUUCGCCGGUAAUCUCGGUGCUAAUAGAUAUGUGCAAGUUACUCAAAUGGGUGUGCGUCUUUUACAAGGCAUUGAACAAAUCCAGCAUAUGCCUAUAGAUCUUGGCUGUCCAAUUGUGCACGCAAGUUGUGCCGAUCCGUAUGUAACAUUACUCUCGGAAGAUGGACAAGUAGUAUUGUUGACACUUAGAGAAGUGAGGGGUACAGCGAGAUUGCAUGCUCAACCUGCCAAUUUAUUAUUUCGUCCCCAGAUAGAGGCAUUAUGCACUUAUAGAGAUGUAAGCGGGAUAUUUACGACGCAAUUGUCCGAGAGUGUGGACGACGAGCAAACCGAAGAGGAGCACAAUGUAGAGGAACCGUCUCUCCUCACCAAUAUUGAUAACGAAGACGACCUAUUAUAUGGCGAUGCUCCAGCAUUCCAAAUGCCUGCACCAUCAUAUCAAAAACCAUCGGAUGGAAUUACUAAGAAAGCGCCUUGGUGGCAGAGACAUUUGCAAGAAAUUAAGCCCACAUACUGGCUACUUGUGUAUAGAGAUAGUGGGACUUUGGAAAUUUACUCCCUACCGGAUUUACGACUCUCUUAUCUCAUUCGUAAUUUUGGCUAUGGUCAGUAUGUGUUGCACGACAGCAUGGAAUCUACGACAUUGCAAUCAACACCUGUCAAUGAAAUCCCUAAUCCUGAAAUGCAGGUUCGUGAGAUUCUAAUGGUCGCUUUGGGACAUCAUGGAAAUCGACCGAUGCUUUUGGUACGUCUCGAUUCGGAAUUGCAAAUUUAUCAAGCUUAUAGAUAUCCAAAGGGACAUCUAAAACUGAGGUUUAAAAAAUUGGAACAUGGAAUAAUCCCGGGACGCUUCAGGUUUCCCAAACCCAAGGAAGAGGACAUGCCCAUGAAUAGUGACACUCGUAUUUGCAUGAUGCGUUAUUUUAGCAACAUUGCCGGAUACAAUGGUGUAUUUAUCUGCAGCGAUUAUCCGCAUUGGAUAUUCUUGACUGGACGCGGUGAAUUACGCACGCAUCCAAUGGGCAUCGAUGGCCCCAUCACGUCUUUCGCUGCUUUUAAUAAUGUUAAUUGCCCACAAGGUUUUCUAUAUUUUAAUAGAAAGGAAGAGCUACGGAUAUGCGUUUUGCCGACACACUUAUCAUACGACGCUCCUUGGCCAGUUAGAAAAGUGCCUUUACGAUGUACUCCACAUUUUGUUACCUAUCAUUUGGAAAGUAAAACCUAUUGUGUCAUAACAAGCAUAGCUGAACCGCUGAAAAGUUACUACAGAUUUAAUGGCGAAGAUAAGGAAUUUACCGAGGAAGAACGUCCAGAAAGAUUUCUUUACCCGUCUCAAGAACAAUCCAUUGUAUUAUUUUCUCCAGUUUCAUGGGAGACGAUUCCUAAUACAAUCGAACUGGAACAAUGGGAACAUGUCACUUGCUUAAAAAAUGUAUCUCUGGCUUAUGAAGGAACGAGAUCUGGUUUGAAAGGUUACAUAGUAUUGGGAACAAACUAUAAUUAUGGCGAAGAUAUUACAAGUAGAGGACGUAUACUUAUAUUUGACAUAAUUGAAGUAGUACCUGAGCCUGGUCAACCAUUAAAAAAUAGAUUUAAACAGAUUUACGCGAAAGAACAAAAAGGACCUAUAACUGCUAUAACUCAAGUAUCAGGAUUUUUAGUCUCGGCAGUUGGUCAAAAAAUCUACAUUUGGCAGUUGAAAGACAACGAUCUCGUUGGAGUUGCUUUUAUUGAUACUCAAAUUUAUAUCCAUCAGAUGCUGAGUAUCAAAAGUCUUAUUCUGAUAGCUGACGUUUAUAAAUCAAUUAGUUUGCUAAGAUUUCAGGAGGAAUACAGGACACUCUCUCUUGUUAGUAGAGAUUUUAGACCUGCAGAAGUGUAUACUAUAGAAUAUUUAAUUGAUAACACAAAUUUAGGAUUUUUUGUGGCUGAUGGAGAGAGCAAUCUAGCUUUAUUUAUGUAUCAGCCAGCGAGGGAAAGUUUAGGAGGCCAAAAGCUGAUUAGAAAGGCGGAUUUUCAUUUAGGACAGAAGGUGAAUACUUUCUUCCGUAUUAGAUCUAGACUCACCGAUCCUGCAAAUGAUAAAAAGCACUUUUCCGGUGCUGAGAAAAGACAUGUCACCAUGUAUGCAACGUUAGACGGCAGUCUUGGUUACAUACUGCCAGUACCAGAAAAAACAUAUCGAAGACUGCUUAUGUUACAAAACGUGCUGGUGACACAUAUCUGUCACAUUGCAGGCUUGAAUCCAAAAUCAUAUCGCACGUAUAAAAGUUAUAUACGAAAUCAAGGUAAUCCAGCAAGAGGUAUUAUUGACGGCGAUUUGGUCUGGCGUUAUCUUCUCUUGCCAAACAACGAAAAAGCAGAUGUAGCUAAAAAAAUUGGAACACGCGUUCAGGAGAUAAUCGAAGAUAUUACUGAAAUUGAUCGACAAACGGCGCAUUUCUAAUUAUAUAGCUUAUAUUGUAUUAGACUUAAUAA